CAAUCGUCCAAAUAAUGUUUAAUGUAACUGAAUUCGGCAAACGUCCUGGUUUUGGUCGUUUAGGUCGUCCUAUAAGAAUUAGAACAAACUAUUUCGAAAUAACAAAUUUUCCUGACUCCAAUAUUCAUCAUUACGACAUUGUAAUUUCCCCAGAAGUUCCUCCAACUUUGAAUAGAAAAAUUUUUCAAAUAGCUACUGAAAAUUCUUUUUAUGGUAUAAAAGCUAUAUUUGAUGGUCGUAGAAAUGUUUAUACUAUCAGACCGUUUCCUUUUGGUGAUGCACAAGCAUUAGAUGUGACUAUACCAGAGGAUAAUGCGAGUAGAAGAAUUCCACGUAUUUUUAAAAUGAAGAUUAAGAAAGUCAAUGAAAUUAAUAUGGAAGAGGUCUAUAGAUUUCUUGACGGACGUAGUUCUAUAUCAUCAAAUAUUUUAACAGGCAUUAUGGUUCUUAAUGUAUUGAUUCAUCAUAAACCAUCAAGGGAGUAUUUAAAAGUAGGGAGAGUAUUUUACACUAAUCAAGGUUCACAAUCUCUUAGUGGAGGGGUGGAGGUUUGGCAAGGAUAUUUUCAAUCUAUUAGACCAACACCUAGGAAAUUGAUGAUAAAUAUUGAUUUACAUGCUACUGCUUUUUAUGAAAGUGAUAGUUUAGUACAAUUAGUUGUAAAAAUACUCAAUAAGAGGUCCGUUGAAGAUCUUAGAGAGAUUCAAGAAAGAGAUCGUGUAAAGCUUGAAAAAUGUUUAAAGAACCUAAAGAUUUAUGUCACUCAUCGUGGUGAAAGUGCUCCGAGACGCCGAUUUAAAAUUACUAAAUUAACUAAUACUCCAGCUUCUAGUACUAUGUUUGAAGUUAAUGGUCAACGUAUCGAUGUUGUUACUUACUUUAAUAAUACAUAUGGUAGAAGUCUACAAUAUCCGUUCCUUCCUUGCGUUAUUGUACGAAUGAAUUCUUAUUUACCAAUGGAAAUAUGUAAUGUAGUGGGGGGACAACGUUAUAUGCACAAAUUGAACAAAAGACAAAUAGCGGAAAUGAUUAAAUUUACUCGUCAACCACCUUCAUCACGUGCUGAUAAAAUUAACCAAGGUCUCCAAAUUCUUGAUUAUCGACAAAACGAGUAUAUGCAACAAUUUGAUUUUCGGGUAUCUACUGAAAUGACAAUAACUCAAGCAAGGGUAUUACCUGCUCCAACAUUACAUUACCAUUCUGCUUCUAAAGAGGAUACUUUCAUUCCAAAAGAUGGCUUAUGGAAUUUAAGGAAUAAGAAAGUUGCCAUUGGUGCAACACUUAGUUCAUGGGCAUGUGCUGUUUUUGGAAGUGAAAGAGAUUAUCCAAUAGGCACUAUACAAAAUUUCAUUAGAGAAUUGGUUAACACGUGUCAAGAUGCUGGAAUGAAUAUUCCAAAUAGAAAUCCACCUAUAUUACACUGUAAUCCUCAAGGCGGUAUUGAAAAUUCUUUAAGACAAGUUUGGGUUAGGGCUGGAAACUCGGCUAAAUCUAAGCCUCAAUUAAUUUUAUGUAUUCUUCCCAAUAUUGGUGGUAUAUUGUAUGCCGAAAUUAAACGCGUUUGCGAUACAUUAAUUGGGGUUGCUACGCAAUGUAUUCAGAGCAGACACAUAAUGCGCGCAAUAAGAAUAUAUUGCGCCAAUGUUUGUCUUAAAAUAAAUGUUAAACUUGGUGGCGAGAAUUCAUUCAUUGAUCCAAGCCAAAUUCCCUUCAUUACACAACGUCCAACCAUCAUAAUGGGUGCAGAUGUUACUCACCCUGCUCCUGGAGAACAGAAUACCCCAUCCAUUGCUGCUGUGACUGCUUCAAUGGACGCAAAAGCAUCUCGAUAUGCUGCUUCAAUUCGUAUUCGAUCUGGCAGACAGGAAGUUAUUGGUGAUUUAGCAGAAAUGGUUAAAGAAUUAUUAAAAACAUUUUAUCAGACCUGUGGAAGAAAACCAGAACGUAUUUUAUUCUAUCGAGACGGCGUUUCAGAAGGUCAAUUUUCUAUAGUAUUAAAUGAGGAAAUCAGGGCAAUAAAAGACGCAUGCAUGUCACUUGACGGGAGAUAUAAACCAACAAUAACUUUUGUAGUUGUGCAAAAACGUCAUCACACUCGUUUUUUUCCAAUUGAUACUGGAAUAGAUGGAGAUAGAACAGGAAAUUGUCCUUCUGGUACAGUAGUUGAUUCAACAAUAGUACAUCCUUUUGAGUUUGACUUUUAUCUUCAAAGCCACCCUAGUUUACAAGGGAUUUCACGUCCGGCUCAUUAUCACGUAUUACUCGAUGAAAACGGUUUCAAUGCAGACUCACUUCAAACAUUAACAUACAAUUUGUGCUAUAAUUUUGCUCGAUGCACUCGUGCAGUUUCUAUUGUUCCACCAGUGCAUUAUGCUAGUUUAGUUUGUCGUAGAGCAAGAUUUUAUGCAAGUGGUGAAAAUUGGAGCAAUCCAGAUACUCCAGAAGGUGUAGGAAGUGCCAGUUAUGGUGUUGUAAAAUCUGAAUUACUAAAAACUAUGUAUUUUAUAUAAAGUUAAUAAAGUACUAAAAUUAUUUAUAUUUGCAGUACUUAUUAAUAGUAUAGCUGCAAAAGUCAAUUGAUUGAAUUUUUUUUAAUAUCUUAUUCUUCUGAU